AUGCUAGCAUCUUCUGUUCUCUUUCUUGCAUUCUGGCUGCAGUCCUGCUGGGCUCAGACUUCUUGCCCUGCUGUGACCCAGCACUUGACUGACCCCCCUUAUGACAACUACUUCUACUCGGACUGCCACAGUGAUUCGCAAGCUGUGGUCACCAGUCCGCUUCCUGACUCAAACCUGACUAUAAUCGGUCCUCGAUUGAUCAUAGCCUGGCCUGCCGGCAACAGCGGGAUUUGUACGUUUUUCCAGCCUCAGGACGGCCCCAAUGGAUCGCUCGCCAUUGAGCUCGUCAAUUCGACUGUUGGGUCCCCGUUAGGUCCGGUCUACAGAACCGCCCAAGGCUCGGCAAAUCCGUUUGUCGGUGUCGAGGGAGUCAUCUCAUUCAACACCUCUGCCACAUUGACCAUCCCGAUACUGGGCAGUAUUAGGACUAUCCGAGAUUUCACGGAGGGCCCGAGCCUUCUUCGUCCGAUCAUUCAGGAUGCCAUCAAUAUCACAAGGUCGAACGGUACCGGAGCGACCCUCUCACGACUAUGGCUGGACAACGUCACCACUACCACUUUCACCAUGGUCCCAUAUCAAAAUUCGGGUUCUAAUAUCACGAUCAACCAGCGAAACAAGACCAUCAGCUUCGGGGCAGGGUUUUACCUGUUCUCCGCAAGCUUCAACUAUCCCCAACUGACGCAGCUCCCGCAAAGCCGCGUUCUGAACACCGCCUCGCAGAACCUCAUCACUCAACAGCCGGAUCAGACCACCUCGCUUUCGUUUCUCUCGUACACCGAGAAAUUGCUCGCGGGAGCAUGGAGGUUCCUCACCUACUUUGGCCGCGACAGCAUGAUCAGCGCUUUGCUCCUGGAGCCGGUGUUGAGUCAAGGUAAUGGUUCCGCAACGGAGGCCGUGAUCGGGGCUGUCCUCGAGCGUCUCAACCGAAGCGACGGAUCCGUCUGUCACGAGGAGACCAUAGGUGAUUAUGCGACCUACCUGAACUUGGAGGACAACAUCACCAGCACUGCACCGGGUUUCACAUAUCCGAUGAUUGACACAGACUACUAUCUCCCAGUUCUCAUGGCGCAAUACUUCAACAACAGCCCGUCCCGCAUCGGUCCUCUUCUCAGUCGCAAGGCCGGCACGAUCGACGUACAGAAUCGCAACUUGACCUACCAGCAAUUGGCGCUCAUCAACGCAGAGAAGAUCAUGAAUAUCACUGCUGCCUUUGCUCAGAACCAGACGGCGGCCAAUCUCGUCCACCUCAAGUCUGAUCAGAUCGUGGGACAAUGGCGAGAUUCCACCUAUGGACUCGGAGGAGGUCGGAUCCCCUUUGAUGUCAAUACCGCUCUGGUCCCUGCUGCUCUGCGGGCCAUUGGUCAAUUAGCACGUACAUCGGGCGUGUUCCCGAACAACUCGAACGUGAAUACCACCUCGUGGCGCACGCUGGCCGACUCCCGGGCCCAGAUCUGGGAAGAAAACACACUUCAAUUCUUCGAGACCAACGUCACAGCCUCGACCGCGCGUUCUCGCCUCGGACACUUUGUCGACACAGCGACAUUCUACAACGGCCCGACCAACGCCUCGUCGCUACCACCUUCAGGCAAUAUCACAACAUACUCAAUCGCCCUGGACGGCUACAACAAUCUGUCAUCAGUCAACGUCCAGCACAGCGACAGCAGCUUCCGGGUAUUCUUCGUCAACGCCUCGUCCUCGACACCCGAAGCCGCCGCGCAGGAGACACGCUUCAUCAACGCCACGGCGAACAGCCUGCUUCGACCUUUCCCUGCCGGGCUGAUGACACCGCAGAGCAUGAUCGUGGCGAAUCCCGCCUUGUCGGGCUCGGACGUGCUGAUUGCCAACUUCACAAACGCCGCCUACCACGGCUGCGUGAUAUGGUCGUUCCAGCUCUCCAUGAUGGCCAAGGGGUUGGAGAGACAGCUCGCCAGGUGCAAUACCACCACUGCCAACUCCACCGGCACCGGUGCGAACUCGACCUCCGCUGCCCCAGCGUGGUGCACCAUUCCCUCCGUCUACCAAAACGUCAUCCGCGCCUACAACGCGCUAUGGGACAGCAUCGAAGCCAACUCCGCGCAGCUCCAGGGCGAAGUGUGGAGCUGGACGUUUUCCAACAGCACUGGCUUCGUCACGACUCCCCUGGGUGUCCUACCGCCGCCACCGGGCGUAGGGGCCGGCACCGAAAGCGACAUCCGGCAGCUUUGGAGUUUGACUUUUUUGGCUGUCAAAAGGAACGAAAAUUUAAGAUGA